UUCCAGCAGCCUCCACCACCUCAAGUAUCCAGCAGCUUGGCCGGACGCGAGGAUCAUGGGAUCAGCGGAGGAACCAAGAUGAAGAAAUUUACGCCAGGAGGCGGAGCCGCGUCCAUUGCGCGCAAAAACUCCAACAACAAUGAGCAGUGGCUCUUGCAAGAGGACGAGGACUCCGGACCUGUCAGUGCCAGCACAGCCUCUGCCCUGUUGUGCCGGAGGGAUGCUGCUGGAGGGGACACGGUCCCACAGGCAGGCUUGAUAGGAGGGGGAGCCUUCGUUAUGAUAUGCAACAAAAACGGAGAUUGUAGAAGGGACCCGACCAGUUCAGGGAGCCUUUCCUCUCUCAUCUCAAGGCAGGAGAAGCAGACAGAUGGAAUAUUAGCAGCUGAAGACGGCAAGAGGCAGGCUGCAAGCAUGGACGGCUCCAUCACUUCAGCGGGGCCCCUGACACAGGGGCCGGGCGCCGAGGUCAAGACCGCAGCAGCGAUGGAGAAAAAGGACUCCAGAGUUUCCUUCUCCAACGCCCCAACUAGUAAAGGACAUACCCCGAGUCAGCAUUCGAGAAAUUCUGUCACAUUUUCCAAAGCUGAGGAUGGCUCUCAGAUAGUGCCUGAUGAUGGAGACCCCGGGGGGAAUCAGACAUACAUGCAGCGGCAGUUUAGUUCCAUGCUUCAGCCCGGAGUUAACAAAUUCUCCCUGCGCAUGUUUGGCAGCCAGAAGGCAGUGGAGAAAGAACAAGAUCGCGUAAAGUCAGCGGGAAAUUGGAUUAUCCACCCAUACAGCGACUUCAGGUUCUACUGGGACUUCACCAUGCUCAUGUUCAUGGUGGGCAACCUGAUCAUCAUCCCCGUGGGCAUCACCUUCUUCAAGGACGAGACCACCGCUCCCUGGAUCAUCUUCAACGUGGUUUCCGAUACCUUCUUCCUCAUGGACCUGGUGCUGAACUUCAGGACCGGCAUCGUGUUCGAGGACAACACGGAGAUCAUCCUCGAUCCCAAGAAGAUUAAGAAGAAGUACCUGAAGAGCUGGUUUGUGGUGGACUUCGUCUCCUCCAUACCUGUGGAUUAUAUCUUCCUCAUCGUGGAGAAAGGGAUGGACUCGGAGGUGUACAAGACGGCCCGGGCGCUCCGCAUUGUCCGCUUUACCAAGAUCCUCAGUCUGCUGCGGCUGCUGAGGCUGUCCAGACUCAUCCGGUACAUCCACCAAUGGGAGGAGAUCUUCCACAUGACCUAUGACCUGGCCAGUGCUGUGAUGCGAAUAUUCAACCUGAUUGGUAUGAUGCUGCUGCUGUGUCACUGGGAUGGCUGUCUCCAGUUCCUUGUUCCCAUGCUGCAGGACUUUCCUUCUGACUGCUGGGUCUCCCUCAACAAGAUGGUGAAUGACACAUGGACCGAGCUCUACUCCUUCGCCCUCUUUAAGGCCAUGAGCCACAUGCUGUGCAUUGGAUAUGGCAGACAAGCCCCAGAGAGCAUGUCGGACAUCUGGCUGACCAUGCUCAGUAUGAUCGUCGGAGCUACCUGCUACGCCAUGUUCAUCGGCCACGCAACCGCACUCAUCCAGUCUCUGGACUCAUCCAGACGACAAUACCAAGAAAAGUACAAACAAGUGGAGCAGUACAUGUCGUUCCACAAACUACCCGCCGACUUCCGACAGAAAAUCCACGACUACUACGAGCACAGAUACCAGGGCAAGAUGUUCGACGAAGAGAGCAUCCUGGAGGAGCUUAAUGAGCCUCUGCGCCAGGAAAUCGUCAACUUCAACUGCCGUAAGCUGGUGGCCUCCAUGCCUCUGUUUGCCAAUGCUGAUCCCAACUUUGUGACAGCCAUGCUGACCAAACUGAGAUUUGAAGUCUUCCAGCCUGUCGACUACAUCAUCAGAGAGGGCACCAUCGGCAAGAAGAUGUACUUCAUCCAGCACGGGGUGGUCAGCGUCCUGACCAAGGGAAGCAUCGGCAUGAAGCUGAUGGACGGCUCCUACUUUGGAGAGAUCUGUCUGCUGACCCGUGGCAGACGGACGGCCAGUGUGCGAGCGGACACCUACUGCCGCCUGUACUCUCUCUCUGUGGACAAUUUCAAUGAGGUGCUGGAGGAGUAUCCCAUGAUGAGGAGGGCCUUUGAGACGGUUGCCAUUGACAGGUUGGACAGGAUAGGCAAGAAAAACUCAAUCCUGAUGCACAAAGUUCAGCACGAUCUGAACUCAGGUGUUUUCAACAACCGCGAGAACGAGAUGAUCCAGGAGAUAGUUAAAUAUGAUCGGGAGAUGGUUCAACAGGUUGAUGUGCCACGUCCGCGGGCCAUGUCCAUGACACCUCCUCUACAAGGUGGAAUCUUUAAUUCUCCAGGUUCCUCCACCCAUCCUCAGAAUUCAGCAAUUGCCACUCUGCAGCAGGCCGUGGCCAUGAACUUUUGUGCCCCCAUGCAAGGUAACUCGAUGGGAGCGGGGAGCCUGCAGUCGCCCAGGAUGGUGAGACGAUUCCAGGUGUUGGAAAGUGUGUCCAGCCCUGUUUCAGCCUCUCCACUGCAGUCUCAGUUCAUUGCUUCUGGUGCCUUUGCUCCCGCCCUCACCAGCCCCUCUGUCCAGAGCCCGCUGGCACUUGGACGACGAUCAUUCCAGUUUGGAUCCAGCGCUCUGGCUGGUCCCACCUCAGGCUCCCAGCUUUCUCUAGCCCAGCAGCACUUAGCCAGCCCUGCACACCAGCCCAGCACACAUAAGAGUAAUCAUUCCUUGCAAAUGGGCAGUUUAAACCAAGACGCCAGGGCACUGUCAGCCUCUCAGCCCUCAUUGCCUCAUGAGGGGGCGCAACCAGUUGCCCCUAGUCCCCCCCAGUCUACACGAGUCUCCUCCUCUUCCAUUGGACCCCCUCAGAUCCCAUCAGGUCACACAGGUGCCCGGAGCGCUAUACCACAUAGGUUGGUACUGCCCCACCAGAUGUCUGUGGGGGCCUUCCCUGGGUCUUUGCAGAGUUUUGGGGCGGGUGUAGGGCUGGCUGUAGGGGGUGCGGGCACAGGUAUGGGGGACUCGGGACUACCCAAGAAGGACCCUAUAGUGAGCCUUCCUGAGACAGACCACAUCAAUGUCAGAUCCAGGCUAUCCUCAAACUUGUGAUCUUAAUUAAACUCUUCUGGGGGAGUGACUCUAAUGAGGGGCUUGACUGCAGGAACCCGGGGGGGUUCUGCUCUUUCUCCUACAGUUCCUCUUCUCUUUCCUCUCCAGUUUGACUAUCCGAAUGUAUGAAUGUUGAGCGAGUGGCAGCAGGGAGAAUCUGAAAGAAGACUGUUCAAACAUAAAGUCUGUAUCGUGACUUUUGAAUCUGCAACAUUGAGAUGUUUCUACUCACAGACUUAGUAGUUGCACAAUAGUGGUGAAGUAGCAUUUUCCCAUCUCCAACUCCUUUAUUUACUGUAUUUUACAACAUAGUCAACAACAUAUGGGUAUAUCGGCUUCACUAUCCUCUCAUUCACCUCAUUUAACUUUGACUUGUGGUCGGAUGGGACUAAAAGAAAAUCAGGGACCUGCUUCAGAUAUCAGAAGUUUGCAUUUUAAUGGGUUUGACUACUGUAUCUACCGUAUUUUGUCAGUAGGCUGCCAGUAAAAGAUGAUUUUCUCACAAAAGCAUAAUAAUUGUGUUUUUUGUAAAAAGUCCUACAAAGUUUGAACAUUAAAAUGAUGUUUUUCUUAUGUUUCUUAAGACUAUAGACUAAAUUUGUGAGCACAAAAUUGAUAACAUUCAAUAAUGACUUUUAUUACAAUAUUUUAAGCCAUAUUUUCCCCCAGACUAUUGAUAUGACUAUUGAGUAUAUUUAUAAAUCAAACUGUCUGAAUCUAUUGGCCUCUUGUGUAAGUCUCCAUGCCUCUGAUCGACCCACCAGGAUGUUCAGGUCACAGAAAAUGAAUAUCCUUCAUACUAAAAUUGCAGCUGUGGAACAAAUUGUCUAGUUCUAGCCAAGCCAUCGAUUUCUACCGGAAAUAUCUCCAUGUUUGUUUAAUUUAAAGCUGCAUCAGUCAAUAUUUUCUUGUAUUAGCAGUGAAUCAAAUAACUAAGGGUAAUGUGAAGGGAGUUGCUUAGUAGUGAUGAACCCACUCAGCUCUGCAUCUCUAUGGAGCUUUUUAACUUUAAGUCCCACAGAUCUUCUGUACAGUUCAGUCUUAUUCACUCAUCAACCUUGUUUCACAAGGCAGCAGAAACACCCCCUUAAACCCAUUAUGUGUGACCUGCAGGCUAAAGAGCCAGAUAUAUCUCGCAGGAGUCAGUCGACUAAACCAGAUCUAGAAGGUGAGUAAAUCUAUGGAAAUAGGUGACCAGAAAGACGAAUCCAGUGGUAUUAUAAUGUUGCUUGUGUCUUCUGGAACUACUUAAUAAAGUAAUAAUAUGUUAUGGCUGUCAGCUUUGCCGUUUAUGUUCCCCCAAGUGGCUAGAAAUUGAUUAAUGCAGCUUUAAGAUUCAUGAGUUAAGUUUCAAUAAAACAUACCUGACUAAAAGACACUUUCUUAACGGCAGAUUUGAUAUCUAAAGUAACGAGUUUAAAGACGGUAGUCAUGUGAGUAGUAACAUCCAACACUUUGUACACGUAUUCUACUGUAUUUUAGAAAUUAUAAUUCACUGCCAGUUAAUUAUUUAUUAUUUAUUACAAGAAUUUUAUACGACUCAAAAUGUAAAUUCAUUCAAACUCACAUAAUCAAAUCCAUUCUUUUAUAGCCCUGUAUCUCACAGUUCUUGCAGCACCAGUUUGGGCAACGUGUCACUAUGCCAAAGUCAAUUCAUACAGAUAAUGAAACUCCUGCAAAGCUCAACCUUACUGUAAACGCUACACUUCUGAUCAUCAGCCAAGGACAGCGCAGAUCAUUUGCAGGAUGUGUAUUGCAGUGUGCCUCUGUCAUUAAUGCCUCAAUAAGAGUUCUUCAGAUGCCGCUGAAUUGUGUCCUGAAGCAUUAAAAAAGGGAACAUUUUCUCCUGAACUCUAUUCACCACAUCUCAUUAAUGCCUGAACCAUUACUGGGUAAUGACACUGGAAAUUGGAAAUCCUCCAGUCUGUUUGGGACUGUUAUUAUUCUCCUUCCAUUGGAUUUAAUAUUUCAGUGCCAAUGAUAAGUUCCUCCUCUACGAUCGUUUUGCAUUUUCAUUUUGCUUAGUUUCAGUUCCUGCGUUGAUCCACCUUGAGAGUUCCAAGUGAGACAAAGUUGAAGGUUUGUAAGUAUUUUUAUACAUGAAGUCUGUUUUGUUUUUGUUUUAUGCUUAAAUUAUGCCCUUUGGAACCUAUUUGGAUGCCUUGAAAAAUGAUUAUUAUUUUCGAGGCUUGUUAUGAGAAUAGUGUUUUAAUGAAGUUCAUAUUGUGUCUGAGGACAGGAAAUGUUUUUAGUGACAAAACAAGUUUAUAGACAUGUUUUACCUCAUUAGAAAGGACACAGGAGAGGAAGACAGGUGAAAGGUAUAAGAUAUAAGUAACUCUAAUGAUCCCAAACUACCCACUACACUUUUAGAUAAAGCUGGAGAAUGAGUGAAACCAAAGUUUUGUUUUUUGUAUGCAAAUGUUUCUAAUUGUUGAGCGAUGAACGACGUGUCACAGACUGAAUCAUUCUCACUAACUAAACGUUCUAAUUAGAUAACUCUACACUAAACUCAUUCGUCAGAUCGACAGCAAUAACUGUUUGAAAAAGAGUAAGUGGUCAGAUAAGUUCUGUUGUGUCCUUUAGAUGUUGAUGCAAAUGCAAUAUUUCACCUUUUGGAUUAUUUCCAAUUAUUUCCAACUUUACUGAGAAUUCGUUUUUGGAGCAACUUGAACAGAUAUUCAGAUUUAAAUCUGCACUGUGACAAUAACAUGACAUGGUUGGUAUUUCUAUGUGUAAACAUCAUCAUGUAAACCAGACUAUUUAUUCCUUUAGCCUAGUUUACUGUAACUAGAAAUACUGAAAAAUGUUUGAAAAUUAAAUAUCUUUUUAGUCUUUGACACAAUGCGUAUUAUCAUCUGGUAUGGACCCAUAUUACUUGAAGAUAUAAUUAAAGAAUUAAAGAAACAUCACAGAAGAUGUAUGGCUUCUUUUACUACAGUCGAUCACUACCACCCACAGUUUGUAUGAUCCUGUGCCAGUUGCUGUGAGGUCCGCAUGGUUUCUUCUAUGGCGUAUGUUUUAUUUGUUUAUUUAUUUUUCUAAUCUCACUCCACAGUCCAUUUGCAAAUCCCCGUCCUUUAACCAAUGCUACUGUUUGAUUAUUUUUGC